UGACAUGGCAGGCCAGUCCUUUGAGUCAUGAUGUGUCAUUAACCAGCAGUUAAAAGUACGUCUGCGUCUACAGCUCAGCGUCUGCGUCCCUUAAAGCCUGCAGUUUAUUUAUCUCUCGUUUCGCUGUAACACUUCACAUCGCGACAUUAAACGUGUGAAGAAACUCUAAAGACGAAGUAAAAGUCACGUUGGCAGAGGUGCGAGAGCACUGCGCGUGAACGCGUUUAUGUGGAAGCCUUUCAAAGACACGCCCACUUCAGUGAGGUCUUGUACAUUUCUGAUCUUUUAAUGAUGAGCCAUUGGAAAUUCUCAUUGUAGUGCGCGUUUGCUUCGAGUCGGGACCACUGCACUGAAAACAGAAGAAAUGUUGGCUGCUUUCAGAGGACUUGCAAGGAUUGUGCUAAUAUUCAGUCUAGUACUGAACUUCACCUUAGGUGCUGACAUUGGAUGCGAGGACUGGAAUAUAGAUGAAAAUUAUGGUGUCUGCUGCAAGAAAUGCAAGCCAGGGAACCGCUUGGUGGAAACUUGUGGAAUAAACCCAGAAAAGCUCUGUACUCCUUGUGAACCUGGAACUUACAUUACCAGUCCUAAUUUUUAUUGUUUGAGAUGUACCCAGUGCAUAGGUAAUCAGGUUACAGAUAAACUGUGCACUAUCAGCAGCGAUACCGUAUGCAAAUGCAAGGACGGAUAUCGGUGUGGAAACAAGAAAUGUUCCUUCUGUGUUUAUGAAUGCAAGGUGGGAGAGGAGCCCACCGAAGAACGAUCUUGUAGAAAAUGUCCGGAGGGAAAAUUCAAUGAUAAAAUCCACAGUAUGUGCAAAGAAUGGAAGAAAAGUUGUCCUGAUGGACAGACUUUGGUCAAAGGAAAUGUUACCAGUGACAGUAUAUGCACAUAUUUAGAGGAGCCUAGACCAAAUUCCUCAACAAGUGGGACAGACAACAAAAAUGAACAGACAAGAUGGCUAUCAGUUUUAAUUGCUGCAGGCAUGGCAGGUUUGGCUGUCCUUCUCAUCGUAGCAUCCAUCGCUGCAUACGUAAAGGCACAAAACAAAACAGAGAAGCCAAAAACCGAUACCCCUGACGAAGAUCACUCAGCCGAGUCUAGGAUAAUGGUUGUUGAUCAGGAAGACUGCAGUUUUCGUCAUCCCGAGCAGGAACAGGGUGGCAGCUUAGAUUCCAUCAAUACACAGGACUCCGAGUCUAAACUCAUAGUGUGAGUUUACAGAACAGUAUUUUUUUUUUAUAUAAGACUUUAGCAUUGCUACUGGAACAAGGGGACAAAACCCCAGAAUAUCUACUAAACUGUGAAAUACAUGACUGGAUGUUGAUCAGCAGUUCCAGUUGGUGUAUCUAUGGGAACAAAAUUAGUUACGUUUGUGUUCUGUAGGACUUUCAUGUCGGAGUUUUUAAGUUGUGAAGUGUGGUGCACCUUAAUAACACAAAGAUGAGAGGUUGUUAAUGUAGGUGUGCAGUAGCAGACAGCAUGUCAACACUUUUAUGAGAGUAGGCGUCAUCUACUGGUGUUUGCGUCACGUUUUUCAGGUCAAAGCCCUUUUGAAAUACCCUGGUGGGCUUCCCCACUUUUUCUAAAGAGCAUCAAAAAGUUUGGAUCAAGAACAAAGUGGAUAACAUAAGCACAAAGAGGCAUGUUUGCACUUUAAUCAUUGUUAGUUAUAGUUCUUUUUAUGUUUAUGUUCUUUUAUGUUUUUUUUAUUAUUGUGUGGAAAUCAACAGCGAGAGAAGAGUAGUUUUUCUGUAGCUAAAUGUGGUUGACUGUGUCAUGUAGGAAGUGAACUGCUGAAACUAAACAUCUGACCUAAUUUUUUGUGCAUUUUACUGUUUUGUACAAGUAAGCUUGUCAACUCUUGCCUUUCUAAACUCUGGGUUAACAAAAUUAUGACUUAUGGUUCAUUCAUUCACAAUUCAUUCUUUACUUGGGGUUAGGAAUUUACCCUGGGCAUGUAGGUUUCGACUCAAGGUUUCACAAUGCUAUACUUGUAAAUCCUUAUUUGCAUAGUCAAUAUCAUUGACUAGAUGAACUGCUUAAAUUAAAGCUUGUCUUGCUCAUAUGCAGCAGUUUGAAAAUUCCAAGCUUGGUAAUCCGGGUUAUUUGGAAGUUCCGUAAAAUGGAUAUAUUAACCUGUAAGACUUACCUAUAUGCCUACGGGGGAGAACUAGAAAUACUUUUCUUACGAAAUUCCAUUAAUCUGCUUCAGAGGACAUGUGAUAACCCCCGAAGGCAUAUAGUUUAGUUUCAUGAUGGAUAUAUCUGAUUUAAGGAGUUCAAAAUAAUGGCCGCUAUCCACCAGCAUUACCAAGCUUGUAAGUUUAAAAAGUCAGUAUACACCUUGAAUGGCUUUGGGAAUGAGUAAAAUAUGCUGUAAUUUU